UUUAUAUUUUAGGCAUUGCUGUCAUUGCGCAACGAGGAACAAAACUUCCUUUCUAGACAGUUCGUGACGCAGGGAGGCAAGAUGGGGAGGAGACCUGCGAGAUGUUAUCGGUACUGCAAGAACAAGCCGUACCCCAAGUCUCGGUUCUGCCGCGGUGUGCCCGACCCUAAGAUCCGCAUCUAUGACCUGGGCCGCAAGCGCGCCUCGGUGGAGGACUUCCCCUGCUGCGUGCACAUGGUCUCGGACGAGAUCGAGCAGCUGAGCGCCGAGGCGCUCGAGGCCGCCCGCAUCUGCGCCAACAAGUACUUGGUGAAGAACUGCGGCAAGGACGCGUUCCAUAUUCGCAUCCGGACGCAUCCGUUCCACGUGAACCGCAUCAACAAAAUGUUGUCGUGCGCCGGCGCCGAUAGGCUGCAGACGGGAAUGCGCGGCGCGUUCGGCAAGCCGCAGGGUCUGGUGGCGCGCGUCAAGAUCGGCCAGCCCAUCAUCUCCAUCCGCACCUCGGACAAGCUCGAGUCGCACGUGGUGGAGGCGCUGCGCCGCGCCAAGUUCAAGUUCCCCGGACGCCAGAAGAUCUUCAUCUCGCGCAAGUGGGGCUUCACCAAGUUCGACCGGGAGCGUUACGAAGAGCUGCGCUCGCAGCACCGCCUGCGCAACGACGGCGUGGGCGUGCAGUACGUGCGCGAGCACGGCCGGCUGAAGGACUGGAAGAAGGUGCGCAUGGCGCUGGAGCAGGCCGACUAGGUCCGGCGCCGCCCGGCUGCGCUGGUCAAUACACGAGACGUGCACGAG